GACGUCAUCGGCUGGCCAAUCAGUGGCUCCCACUAGGCAGCCUCGGGUCUCAGUGGGGGGAGAAGGGACUCACUAGAAGUCUUCCCUCUAAUAUCUGGCUCUCCUGGUUACUCUGUCCGGUCCCUCUUUAGACGAAGAAAGAUGAUCUGAAUCAGAGCACAAAACACUUGGCAAAUUCUUUGUUUAAGUUAAAAUGUAGGACGCGUAACACACUCUCAGAUGGAAGUGUGGAAGGUCAGCAGUGUGCACACAAGGACGGGGAGCUGCUAACCAGACCAUGUCAAGAGGUUUUAAAUGAACAAAAAGGAGGUACGAACAUGACCUAAUUUGCAACAAGUGUGAGGGAACACCAAGAGCACAUGUGAUGGUGGUAAUUUUGCCAGUUUCACCAGCAAGACAAACACAUGCAUCAAAGUACUCGCAGGUACGCCACGUUUACCAACCCUGCCCUUCCCUUCCUGCCAUCUACCCCAGUCCUCCAUGGAUUCCUACAACUUCCACUUUGAGAGAAUGAGCAACAUAGACCUGCAUCCUCUGAGCCUUCCUGUCAGCCGGCUCUCCCCAGCCAAGUCUAGCAGCAGCAUCGUUGACCAAUUUGCCCACCAUCAACACGGCAAAGGAGACUCUGCCUACAGCUCCUUCUCCGGAGGGUCGACUGCCCCAGACUACUCCUCCCCUUUUCUAUCAGAUGACUUGCAGUCUAGCUCUUUCAGCCACUAUGCUGAUCUUAAGUAUGUAAAGUCAUUUUACCAUCCUAACCAGGUUCUGCAGUCUGAUUCAAAGACCAUGGACCAGCUCUAUCGCUCUGUGGAAGCCAUUUCACAGCAGUAUCGUCACAAUAACAACACCGUUCACCACCCCAACCACAAUGGCAGUGACAGUUUCCACACAAACAACAAAGCACUCUCUAAGCAAGAGUUGCCUUUAGGAAGUACUUCCCAAGGUGCUUACCCUCCAAUUCGUCCUCCACCAAUCCCAGCACGCUUGGAUAGUUUCAUAGCUACAAAAAACUUGGAGAACAGUUGGGUCCAUCACCACGGCACUGAGUCUCAGUCCCAGCAACCCCAGCCACAACCACAACAACAUAGACACCACACUCAAUCACAGUCCCAUACCCAAAAGUCUGAACCAGCCAAGUCAGAUUCAGUCAGCCCUGGCCUCAAAUCUGAAGUGUACGGAGUUUGGAGGGGCUCUCAACAGCAGCAGCCAUUGAGUUACCGCCCCCACCUUCAGCAGCAUGACCAGACCACGGCACAAAUGAACCCAGAAUACCUUUUCAUCACCGAUAACAAAGCUGGGUCUGAGCAGCAGAAGUCAACAAAUGUCUUAAGCCAGUCUCCUCCGAGAGGCACAAACCAGUCUGAGCACCUGAAACCCAAACAGACAGCAAGUAGUAAUGGAGAUCACAUCAAAAACAGAGGCAGCAGUAGCCAUCUCGAGGGUCAGCGCAGAAGGGCACACUCUGCUCAUGACUGGCUUGGAUCAGAGCCAACACGAGCAUCUAGCCCCUGGAAAGUUGGGCAGAGUUUUAUCAACAGCAGCAUUCAACAUAAAGGCCAGUUCUACUUUGUCACUGGUGUAUGUAAGGCAUCUGAUUCUGAGUCUGAGGCUGGGAGUGAGGGCACUAGUGUGGUGGAAGCACACAAGCUCAGAGAAAAAGAAAGAUGUCACAGCACAAUGGAAAAUUUGUUCAGACCUCUGCAAGAGAGUCCCCGCACUUUAACUGAGCAGAUUUCAGAUGAGAGAGAACCUUUCUUUCCUAAAUCACAAUGCAAGAACCCAAACAACAGAAGCCAGGAUGAAGAAAAUCACAGACCAUCUCUGAUUUUGACCAAGUCCUCUCGAAGCUUUGAUGCUUUGGAGGAAAUUGACAUGAUUCAGAGUCGAGAGAUCGGCCGCCACACUGCAAACAACCCUAUAUUCUACUGCGGACCUUUAAACACACAAGCAAAGGAGAUCUGCACCCCAGUCAACAAUGAACAGCCCAACCACCUUAAGAGGGAGGAGCAGGCAAAGAGAACUAACCGACAGCCUUUGGGUGAUGUAGCCAGCGAGAGGAUAAACAAAGAAACAACCCCACUUCUGUACCACCUCACCGGAGCAAGUAGAGCUGGUUUUAAGUCUAAAAAGGAUGCCGAUUUCAACACAAAGGGCAAGGAAGCUGUUCUUAACAAGACAAACCCUGUGGAUGUCACUGUUAAUGACAGUGAGAGACAUCCACAAGUUGAAUCAAGCAAGAAUGAUCGAGGGGAUGUCACCAAUGUCGCUUGUAACACUCUGGAUGAUUCAUUUAAGAAGUACUACAAAGAGAAGCUGAAGGAUGCCCAGUCAAAAGUCCUAAGGGAGACCUCAUUUAAAAGGAGGGAUCUACAGCUGUCAUGGCCGCACCGUAUCAGGCAAAAACCUGAACUGAGGCCUACAGUUAUUCACUCUUUCUCUUCAUCACAAGACUCAGAGACUUCGACAGACACACUCACCCCCUCUGUGACCUCUGAGGAGACGGAGAAGGGAAGCAUUAAAGAGGAAAUUAACGAAGAAUGUAAGAAAGAAGUGGACAAAGGGAGUGAAAUGGAAAACAGAAGGUCUGCAAAUGUGGCCCAACCCCAGGUGGCUCGCAUCGGCGGCAGGAAACGCCUGACUCCAGAGCAGAAGAAGAUGUACUACUCCGAACCAGAGAAACUCAACCAGCUUGGCAGUGCACCCAGCCACUCUGCUUGUCACUCCUUUGGUAAUGAAAGUGACAAUGUCUUUGCUGUUGAACGUGAGGGAGAGGAGCAUCUUCAACAGGGAGAGCAGGGACUGGUAGCAGCACGGAGAAAGAUGUUUGAGACAAGAGGUCGGGCUCUUUCAGCUUCUAGUGCAUCAAAAACCAACCUGAAACAUCUUCAACACAAAGCGUUGGUGGAGUAUAUGGAGCGUAAAACAGGCCAGAAGGUUGCAGAGCCACAGCAGCCAGCACCCCAGUUGCCCCCCUCAACCAGACAGAGGCACUCUCUGGGUGAGAAACCAUUUGACUGGGGUCCUAGGCCUCUAUCAGGAAAUCAUGAGAGCAAAAACACUAAGAAGAAACUUCACCGACCCCAUUCUGCAGGACGCAUCCUCGAUUCCUCUACCAGCUCCAUCAGGUAUGCUCAGUUCUUCUCAGCACAGUCUGGUUCAGGCCAGUCUUCUGGUCAGGCUUAUCAACCCAAAUGGAGAGAGAGCCGGGGUCCAUCUCAGGGGAAGUCGGCCUCUGUGGAGAGUCUGUUGGACCAGCCUGAGACACACAGUUUCUUCAGGAACAGAUCUACUUCCACACCUCAUGCAUUUCAGGCCUAUGAAUCUGAGCAGGAUCCAUUACCGGAGAACACUAUGGAAACCUUGAGUCCCCAGCAGAAUCCUCCAGAAGAAAACUCAGUAAAGGCAGCUCCUGAGGGCCAACAACGUGUCCGUGUGGUUGCACCGAGAGGGAAGUCCAUGGAGGAGCUUGGAGCCUUAAAAUUGGCAAGGCCAUCGGCUCUGAGUAAGAGCUCUGAACAGCUCGAUCGACUUUGGAGGUAUUCCACUGGGCCAGGAGAACCCGACAGGGACAAGAGGAGUAUCGAAUGCUUUCCAGCAGACGUUCAAGAACUCAAAGCCCAGGGGCAGGACAGAGGCAGGAAGAGUCAGUGGGAGUCGCAUGAAGCAGGGGAAGAACAAGAUAUUACAGAGAAGAUCACUCAGGGACAUGUGGAAAACCAAACUCAGACAAAGUUCCCUCUGAAGCAAAACUCUGAACCAGUACUGAGCAGCGGGGAGGAUACUGCACCUCUUAACAUAACAGGAAUGAGGAACAGGAGUCGGUCCACCUCCCCGGCCUCUGGUUCCUCUUCUCAGCUCAGGGUUCACUCGGGAUCCCCGGCAUCCCAAGGGCCUGUCACAGAUGACUUUAGGUCCAGUAGUAGGCCACCUAGUGAGGCCUCUUCGAACCCACCAUCUCCCAGAGAUCAAGAAACCAGCGAGAGGGAGGUCAAAUCCACCUCUUCCACCCCCACCCAGACAAAGCCUCCUUAUGAAAACAGGCCUAGUUCCAGUCGAGUGAGGACAUCUCCUUCUGUAACUGGAUCAGAGCGAGAGCAGUCAGUGGAUGAACCGAGCAGUGACCCCUCGGCCGACUCAAACCACGAAGUGUCUCUGAGCUGCGGCGUCACUACAGACCCGUCCCUGUGGAUUCUCCCCCCAGAAGAAGAAAUCAAAGAGGAUGUCCAGCAUCCACUGUUGACAGACGUUUUCAGUGAUGAGUCCGAAAGCUCUGCCCCUCCCACACAGACAAGUGAAACCUCUGUGUCUCCGCGAACCUCGGUGUCUGAUGCUGAUGUCAGUCAGCAGGAGAACGAGGAGAAAAAUCUCAAAACGGAAGAUGAGAACAUGGGAGAAAACCAGGAGAUGGAGGAGAGAGGAACACCAGAAGGAGAGACGGAGACCCGGGAGAAGCCCGUCGAGAGGCCACAGUGGGAGGAGCUUGUCGAGGCAGUCGUCAAAGCUGACCAAUCACUGGCCAGAGUGCUUUACCCGCUGGCCAAUCGUAAGACAGCGCUUAUGCUGAUGGAGCAGCUGCUGUCAGAGGACACGCUGCUGAUGGAGGAGCACUACAAGAAGAAACAGGAGCAGAGAGGAGCAGCAGAAAGUGCUGAGACAGUUGAGACUGCCGAGCCCUCUUUUAGUUUGUCUGCUCCAGACAACCAGAAGACAGAAGCACAGAGCACAGCAGACGUCAGCGAGAAGAAGCGCCUGUUGGUGUCCUUCAUUGAGGAGCGUCUGCAUUCCCUAGAGGAGGCCCGUGCGGAGCUCCAGAUGGAGAUCCAGGAGAACGUGGGCCGCGGAGAGGCGCUGGAGGGGCUGGUACGAGAGCGCUGCCUGCCCGUGGAGCUGGAAAGAUACAACCUGUUCAUAGGAGACCUGGAGCGGGUGGUCAGCCUGCUGUUGUGCCUCUCAGCACGGCUGGCCAGGGUUCAGAACGCCCUGAGCACCGUGGAUCAGCACACAGACGCCGAAGAGAAGCAAUCUCUGGACAGCCGCCACCGUCUGCUGUGCAAACAGAGGGAGGACGCCAAAGAUCUGAAGGAUAACCUGGACCGCCGAGAGAGCCAGGUCUCCACCUUCCUGUCUCGCCAGCUGUCCGCCGAGCAGCUGCACGACUACCGGCGCUUCGUCCAGACCAAGGCAUCGCUGCUGAUCCGGCAGAAGGACCUAGAGGAGAAGCAGAGGCUGGGAGAGGAGCAGCUGGAGGCCCUUCACAGCGGCCUCAACCAGUGACGAUUCAACAGAGCGGCAGAAAUCCACGGAUGCUCUCCCUCGGUUCUGUCUUUAAUGACAGAUGAAGACGUGACAGUUUGUUCCUGUUUGUAAAAUGUCUCCCUGCACUCGCAGAGAGUUUGGGCUGAACCUUUCAGACUGAGUUUGCCUCGUAGAGACAGUGACAUUUCAGUCCCUUUGCACCCUUUUCUGACUCUGUCCUUUUUAUCUGAGUGUGAGUGGGCCACCAGUCCAUCCAUCAUGCCGUUCAGCUGUUUGAACUUUAAGGUGGUACAUAACUAAAGCGAUGAAACUGUCCUCAUCCUUUUUUAUCAUGUACCAGCAGGUUUAUUUGAACCUGGACGUCCAGAACUGUCGAGCAUCAUCCACCCGAACGCAGCUCAUCAUCAGCACAAUCUGUUCAGCGUUGCCUUGAUUUUUCACAUUGCUGUGGAUCACUCUUCCAUUAGAGCUGCUGUGAUGAAAACUCUGCGACCCCUGCAAGCGAUUCAGCAACUGUCCUUAACUUUCCAUUCAGACAAUAACGCUACACCCCCGUGUCUGUAACCAUGGAAACCUAUCAUAAGCUUUAAGGUUGUUUGUUGACCCAUAGGAGAACCGCAGUAACAGAAGACGAAGCCGGAGCGAAGGCCGGCGUACUGUAUCAUGUCAGUAAAAUAACAAUAAUAAUAAUGUACAAUACAUGUAGAUCUGUUUUUUCAAUGUUCAUAUUUUUAAAUGUCUCAAAUUAAGGCACUAAAAACCAAAAAAGGUGAAUGAAAAAGCACUUUGUAAUGAUAUAUAAAUGCACGUUUCUUCAAACCAGAUUGUUUUCAACAUAAUUUCUCAAUUUUAAGCAAAAGCCUUACUCCAUCCACUUAUUUUUUUGUUCUUUUUCUUUCUUUUUAUUAGUUUUAAAGGUACACGAAUACACCAGGAACAUUAAGUUGCAUUUCAUGUUAAGUUCUUGCCUAAUGUAAAUUAUGUCUUCGAUGAUUUCAUGCUGGACCAGUUGCUCAAUGUGGAAGAAGCAACAGAUAAAUCACUGAAUAUUUUCUUCUCCCUUUGUCGCAGAAGUGACACGUGAUACUUGAAAUACGCUUUUUUUAGGAGAAAACCUUCCUUCAGAUGUCUUAAACUAAUUUUCUUUUCUCUACCUCCACAAUGUAGCCCCCUUGUACACACUUUGAAGUUUAUGAAACUUACUCAUUAGCCUUAGUUCCUCUGUAACUGAAUGAAUUACACUUGAAUCAAGGACCUUCCCGUUCUCACGUCUGACCGGUGCGUCUGUUUCCUAAUCAGCUUGUUUUUUCACUAGUUUAUGAAUAGAAAACCAUUUCAUUGAUAUGAAAUAUUCCAGACACAGUGGGGAGAGAUGUGAGUGGUGCUUUACGUCAGAGUUUUGUGCAGAAUGUGUGUGUGCGAUUCAUUGUUUUAUGUGAUGUUGAACAAAGACAGAACUCCACUUGGCGUUUGCUGUGUUAAGUUUUCAAUAAAGCCCCCCCAUGAAGCUGGAAUAAAAAAAGAAAAGUGACCCAUGUAGAACGCUAUUUCCAGCCUCUGCUUGAAAAAAAAAAAAAAAAUUGUAAGAGAAAAUGUCCAAGCAGUGGAUGUGUAAAUGGUUAAAAGUGCUGGGUUUUCACUGGAAACUCAGAGAUAUUCUCAUGUUUCUCUGCCGACGCCAACCCCUUUAAAUAUUUCCCUGGAGAUUUACGACUCUGUCCGUUUCAGUCAGCUAAACAAAUGUGUGUUUGUUUUGGCCUUUGUGCUGACGUGGGGCCGAACAGUUAGAAAAGGCUCUGGUGUUGUUCCCUGUAACCCGCUGGAAUUCUAAAGUAUGCAGAAGACCGACGUUUUGGAGAAAGAAAGAAGAUAAAUGAAGUAAAAACGGACAGAACACGGAGACAAAGGCUUCCUAAAGAAGCAGCACAUGGAUAAACACGACUCCGUCAUGUGUGCAUACAAACAUUUGACAACUUCCUGAGUCAUUUCUGCCACUCACUCAGUUUUGUUAAGGUCAGGAAAAAGGCGGGGGCUGUUUUUAAAGUAGGAUUACGUUUGUUUAGUCUUCGACUUUGAUAUGAACUCAAUCUCUUUUAAAGCCGAGAAGGAAAGACAUAUUUCAAUAAUCUGACAGCAGAGACUUUUUCUAAGUAAAUCCACUUUUCUUCCUGUUAUUUCUCACCUGUUCGUGUUUUCUGUUGAGAGUUUGAGUUGGUUUUUGUGCCUGUUUGGAGUUGUAAAUUCCAUAAUGUUCUGAUUGUGAAUAAAUUAAGCUCUCCCUCUCAAAA